GCAAAUUGUUCUUACAUGCAUUAUUAUUCUUAUGAUUUCAGUAGUGGAAAAUAUUCAAUCACUGAAGCCACUGGAGUGGAGCUUGGGACAAAGAUUGUUGUCAAGCUCAAGAGUGAUUGCUGGAAAUAUUCUGUUGAAAAUGAUGUCAAAGAAAUCAUCAACAAGCAUAACACUUUCCUGGGAUUUCCAAUUUAUCUUAAUGGCCAGCAAUUAAACUUUCAGGAGGCUUUGUGGAGUAAAGAUUCAAAAACCGUUACAGAAGAUGACCACACCAAAUUCUACCAAUUUAUAAGUCACAGUACUCACGACAAGCCUCGGUUCACACUGCACUAUAAGACAGAUGCUCCCAUCAAUAUUCAAAGUGUUUUUUACAUCCCAGAAAGGCCACCAGCAAUGUGGGAAUACAGUCAGGACUAUAAAAGUGGAAUUGCCCUUUAUUGCAGGAAGGUUUUGAUACAGUCAAAGGCAGACAACAUUCUCCCAAAGUGGCUGCGUUUUAUUACAG